UGGUUAUGGCGUCAGGGCGCUUAGAAGGCGCCUAGUGAUGACGUACACAGCAGCGGCCGCUCACUGAAAAACAUGGCCGCGUCCAUAUCGGAGCAACUCGCGGAUUUGUUGAACCCGCUGCCGAAUUUCGCGGAUCCCGAGGACGACCAGGAUGACGAGACCAAAGCCAGAGUCGUAGACAAGUUCGAUGAAGGAGGUGAUGCCGAAGAUCUCCCAGUCAGUGGAUUGCGGAAGCGAGCAUCCGCUUUGCUGGUCGAUUCGGAUAAACGCUAUCAUGGGAAAGUGACGUCACGCAAGGAGCUGCAGCAGGACUUUGACGGCUCGGAUGAUGAUGACGACUCCAAUGAUGAAGACAUUGAUGAGGAGGAGGAUGAGAAAGAAGACGACCUCAGUGAUGGUGACGAAGGUUCUCAGGUGUCCAGCUUGGUGACGAGGAUGAAGGGUGCCGAUCUGAGCUUCUCUAAAAACACCGAUUUCCGCAAGCUAACAGAGGGCAUGGACGACCUGGGAGAAAGCGACGAUGAGGAUGAGGACGAGGACGAAGACGAAGCAACAAGCUCGGAAGAUGAAGAGGAGGAGGACGACGACGAAGGUGGCGACUCGGGGGGUGUAAUGACUUUUUCGAAAGAGAAGGUGAAUGAAGAGGUGGACAAAGGCAAAGCAGUAAAGAACCAGCUCGCUCUCUGGGACCUGAUCCUCGAGGGCCGCAUCAAAAUGCAGAAAGCCCUCAUGACAGCCAACCAGCUUCCUCAACCGGACACAUUUCCAGAGUUCAAGAGCAAAGGCGGGGCCGAGUACACCGGAGCGCUGAAGAACAGCCACAAAGCACUAAAAGCUCUACAGAGAUCUUUAUUGGAGCUCCAGGACCUGCUGUUGUACCAGAACCCAGAAACCAGAGCCAUCGCUCAGGGGAAGACCAGGGGCCCGGACAGCAGCAGCAAGUCUGAGGACGAUGAAGAGAUCGACAGUGACGAAGGUGAAAACGAGGAAGAUGUUGAGGAUGAACCUGUGAGUCGUGAGACCUCCAAGCGGAAGUUGGAGACGGCGCACUAUCCCGACUUCAUGGCAAAACGCUUUGCCGCCUUCCAGCCGUACCGCGACGCCACGCUGCAGAAAUGGUACGACAAGACACGGCUAACCACGGGCAAGACCAACAAGGGCUUCGGGGCGUUCGAGCGGAACAUCCUGACGCAGGUGGAGCAGGUGUUGAUGGAUAAGGAGCGUCUGCUGAAGCGCACACAGACACGCAGGUCUGAUGACCGAGUUCUGGGCAGAGCGGAGCUCAGUUCCGUCACCACGCAGUCCAGCAGCACAGAGCCGGAGGCCCCGGCGCUCAAAGCUAACGCUCAUCUCAAAGACCUGGACGAGGAGAUCUUCGACGACGACGACUUUUAUCACCAGCUUCUCAGAGAGCUGAUCGAGCGCAAGACCAGUGCAACAGAUCCUAAUGACCAAGUGGCCAUGGGCAGGCAGUGGCUGGCCAUCCAGAAGCUUCGCAGCAAGAUCAAGAAGAAAGUGGACACAAAGGCCAGCAAGGGCAGGAAAGUCCGAUUUCAUUUACACAGUAAGCUGAUGAAUUUUAUGGCUCCUAUUGACCACAGUACCAUGAGUGAUGAAGCUCGGUCCGAGCUGUACAGAUCUCUGUUUGGAUCCCAGAUGCUUCAGUGAUUCUACACAAUACAGUGACCCACACAAACACAUUAGGACUGAAGCUGCAAAAAAAAACCCCACACACGACGUGAUCGUUUCUGAUGAGAGACUUCAGAUUUCAAAGACUUGUAGAAGAAACUUGUGUUUUUCUUGUUUUAUCUUCCAUCAUUGUUGUUUGGAAAUUAUGACUUAUGAAAGUCAGAUUUAGUUCUCAACCGCUGAUUCUGCAUUUGGGAUACAUGUUUUCAAAAUCAAAAAAAAAAAAAAUAAUAAU